CGUUGGUGGUAAAGUGGGUAGUGACUAAGAGUAUUCAAUCCACGUAGCCGGAGACCUUCGGUGCAUCGGUUGGUGAAAACGCAUUCGACCAGGGUAGUAUCCUCACUCCUCGGUAAUUUAAUUUAAUUAAUUAAUUAUUUAUUUAUUUGUCUCCGUUUCUGUAUAAUUCAAUUGAAGUAGUAAGGUAAGGAAAGUCUUCUCUGAGUGCCAUCUAUUUGAUGAAAUGUAAGAUUGAGUAGAAAUCAUACCUUGCAUUUCGUUGUGUCAUUUGCCACUGUUUUUCUUUUUCUAAUUUGUGGAUUUUAUUUUCAUAGACCAACAUCGUGGUUCAUUUGCACGGAUAUUUGAUUUCAUAUUCUUUCAAUUGAAGUUGAUAUGCUCCCGAUCCGUGCAACUGUGAUUGCGAAGAAGAUCUAUAUGAUGAUUAUAUGAUGUUUGCUUGUUAAAUGUGCACAUAUAUUCAGGAAUAGAUCUGGGCAUUUCACUUUGUUCACUUAGCGAUGUCUUCAUAUGAGGAACUCUUUUCACGAGCCAAUCCUGAUGAAACCAUCAACAAAAUCCCCAAUGCCUUUGCCGCCUUGCUUGUUCGUUUCUUUGAAGUCAAGCGCUUUAUAAACCAGUCCAGCGGCAGUAACAACCUAACUGACAGAAAUAUUGGCACUAGUAAUUUGAACAACAACAACAGCAGCAGUCAUUCCCCUAAUGAUGAACAUUUGCGCAAUAAGUUACGCGAAGAUCUCAAUCAAAUCAAUGAAGCCUUCCACCAACUUGAGCAACUUGUUCGUGAACCAAUCAAGAACUUCGAAGGCAGCCUUAAUGACUUCUUAGAAAUACUUCAGCGAGAUCAUAGAGGUUCCUUAAUGACCGAAGUUCAAGCCAAGGUUAAUGCACUCGAGAACCAUGUGAUGAAUUUGAGGUUCAACAUUCCGUUGGUGCUGCACAGCAUGUCUUCCACAAGUCCUGAUGUUCAUCGAUAUUUAUGGAAGGAGCCAAGUAGUGGAGUUGAUAAAUUGCCUGGCUUACACCUGGGACAUAAGUUUCUUUAUAGUUCAGUUUUCACUGAAUUUAAGGAAGCUUUUGAGGAUCUUGAUAUCAAGUUGAAGCACUGCUUGUUGUGCUUUGCUAUAGUUCCGGAGAAUGUGGUGGUAAAGAAGAGGCUUCUGAUAAAUUGGUGGGUCGGAGAGUGUUUAGUGGAUCCUCCAGAUACUGGAGAAAAGACUGAUGAAGAAAUUGCCGAUGAGAUUCUCAAAGAACUCAUGUCGAAGGGCUUUAUUGAGGCUGUUAAAGAAAGGCAUAAACUGGUGGCGAACAGAAAUUAUUUACUGAAGGCUGGGGAUGGAACUCCAGAGCAGUUAGAGCUGGAAAAACUGCAAACUAUUUUCAAUGUCAAUAAUCCUUUUCCCUUUCGGAACUUUGAGUGGUUUUCGAAGAUGAAAAAUGUCAAAGUUCUUUAUUUGGGAAGGUGGCAAAGUUCAGGUAAGUAUCACAUUGAAGUAGCAAGCACUGAGUUUUUGAAAGGGUUGAGGAAUAUGAAACGUUUAAGGCUUUUGAGCGUGCAAGGAAUCUCUGGAAUUACUGAACUCCCCGAUUCUGUAGGCAAGCUAACAACUUUGAGGAUCUUAGACCUCAAAGCCUGUCACAAUCUGGAGGCACUUCCGGACAAAAUAGCUUUACUCAAGCAGCUGACACACUUAGAUAUAUCAGAAUGUUACUUGCUAGAUGGCUUGCCCAAGGGGCUAGCACAUCUCUCAAAACUCCAAGUCCUCAAGGGGUUUCUUAUUGGUAAUUCAAAGAGAGGAAGCCCAUGCACUCUUGAAGAUUUGACAGGAUUAAGGAAGUUGGGCAAGUUGAGCAUCAAUACAAGCAGCGAGGCUUUCCCUACAAAAGAAGAGCUACAGGCCUUAAGCAAGUUGGAGGCGCUUCGGAAGCUAGCAAUAGCAUGGAGUAUGAGGAAGAAGGAAAAUGGCGGCACUGGGAACUCAGAUGACAAAGGAGAUAAUACAAGGCAACUCCCUGGAGCAGCAAAACCAAAAAAAACAUUGUUACGCAGAUUUUCAACACUGAAAGAUCCUGAGACACCAGGGCCUCCUUCAAAACUGGAGAAACUUGUAUUUCAGUGCUUUCCUCACAAAGAAAUACCUGAUUGGCUGAUACCUGGAAAACUGCAGAGCCUAAAGAAACUUUACAUCAGAGGAGGAAAACUCAAAAAUUUAGGCAAGACAGAUGAAAAUGAGAAGUGGAAGGUUGAGAUUUUACGUUUGAAGUACUUAGAAGAAUUUAUGAUGGACUGGAGAGAAGAACUUUUUCCAUCAUUCCCAAAUUUGACUGUCUUGGAGAAAAUCGAGUGCACUAUAAAUUCCUGCCCUCCAUGUGAUGAGAAAGGACUGUGGCUGAAGGAAUCGAGCACUGACAGGAGUACAUUAUGAAUUCACUUAGUGAUUUCUCUUUCAAAGAUUGGACAAUAUUUAAAUGUUGUAUGUUUCUGGUUAAUUAUCUUUCAACUUAUUCCUGCACAAAAAUGUGUGUUGUAAUGGAUUUUACUGAGUUGUUAUUUUCUUG